AUGGGCUGCACGCAAUCCACCGAUGUGAUCCGUCCGAACAUGUUCCAGACCAAACUCUGUAUGCACCACAAGGCACCAGUGACGGAUGUGUAUCGCAGUCUAGGUGAAUUGGGCAGAGGUGCCUUCGGGGUCGUGGAGAAGGUUGAGCAUCUCAAAACCCACCGCCACUUUGCGAUGAAAAUCGUGCGGUUCGAAUCUGGAAGUAAACGCCACGAAUUCGAAAAGGAGAUGGGGAUUCUUCGUGUCCUGCACCACCCCAACAUCGUACGCAUGCUGGAGACGUUUGAGGAUGACCAUCAGUUUUUCAUUAUCAUGGAGCUUAGUCCUGGCGGCACGCUGCUCGAGAGAGUCAAGGCUCGUAAUAAAGAAUACCCUGAAGAUGAGGUCAAGGAUAUCAUUCGAAACCUGGCAUCUGUUAUCCAAUACUUGCACUCGCGCAACAUUUGCCACCGUGAUCUGAAACUCGAGAAUAUCCUUGUUGAUACCCUGGACAAUGGAGGUCACAUCAAACUUUGCGACUUCGGUGCUAGCACUCUUUUUAAAUCAGGCGCUAGUAUGCGCAAGGUUCUGGGCUCAGUUGUCUACAUGGCUCCUGAAGUUCUUGAAGGCAACUACAAGGAGACGUGCGAUAUGUGGAGCUUGGGGGUCAUCAUGGUACGCAUCGAGUGGUCUGUAAAGUCUGCAACGCUGUGCAACAAGGCUCCAUUCCAUGGACACACUGAAGACGAACUCGUCGAAAGUAUCUUUGCCGGCGAGGUUACGUACACUAGUAAAGUGUGGGAGACGGUCUCCCCCGAGGCCAAGGCACUGCUUCGUAAACUCUUACACACGGUACCAGAAGAUCGCUUCACCGCUGCUCAAGUGCUUCAACACCCGUGGAUCAGGUCUACCGAACAAGCGAUCCCUCCUGAAGUCUACGACGAGUUUAUUCCGCGAGUGAAAGCUUUCUGCCACUACACGCCGUUCCAACGAGCUGCACUAGUGGCCAUGGCAUUCUGUAUGUCAUCUGAGCAGGUCGCUCUCCACGCAGCAGUGUACAAUGAGCUCAAUAUUGCUCACAACGGCCAACUCAAGCUUCAAGAACUGUACCUGGCGCCAGCUCUCAUCCGCUUCCAACUUGACUUGGAGACCAUCUUCUCUGCUCUUGAUCAACAGCACGAAAACGGAAUCAACUUACUCGAGUUCGUCGCUGCCACUAUCAGUCCUGAAGACGCAGCAAAUGAAGAGUUGCUUCUAUCCACGUUUUAUGUCUUGGAUCGCUCACAUCGUGGUGCUAUCACGAAGGACGAUCUGAAGGCUCUUCUGGGUCAGCACUUUGAUGUUGCAGAGUGCAAAGAGAUGGUCAGAAAGGCCGACGCUGACAAGGACGGACAAGUAAACUACAAUGAUUUCGUCAAAAUGAUGAAGCUUCCAGACACCCUCAACGGGAAAACAUGCAGCAGAGCUUCGUUCACUCAGAGACGCAGUUCAGCUCGUGGGGCUUCCGAACAGCCUGCUCGUCAUGCUACAUCGACUGACACGACAGAACAAGCUCUCCAAGAAGAACUGACUAACGAGCCUCCUGCUAGGAUCAAGAUAAUUGAGGUGCAACUUCCGGAAGUUGCAGUCUAG